UUAAAGUAUUUUCUUUAGGUGCAGGCGAAUUUUGUGAAAGUGUGUAUUAAUAAGGACUCAGGGUAGAGCUGAGAAAGAUCGUUUUAAACAAUAGACAGUUGCUGUAUACUACAAUUAUUAUUUCGAAAUAGAGCAACAUUUCACCAUUUAGUAAGAAGUUGUAAGCAAAAAGCUUACGUUAAAUCUGUAUUGGUUUUGUGCACCAUUAAUUUUAAAGCCGUGUAUACUUUCAAAUCCUUACCACUAUAGAUAUAAAUCUUUACAUACGGUAUUUUAAAAUCUGUUACAAGUUUGCUUACAUCAUGACCACACCAGAAGUCUGUACUCAAAUCGUCAAGUGUCUGCAGGAUGUGUGGACUGACAAAAUGUUGUUUGACUUUGCCGUCAAGAUCUGUGACGAAACAAUACAAUGUCAUCGACUCAUCCUAGCGGCCUGUUCCGAUUUUUUCAAGGCACUUUUUCGUUCUGGUAUGAGGGAAGUCACAGAGAACUGUGUUGUUCUACAAGAUGUUUCUUGUGACGUGUUUCAGUUAAUUUUAAAAACAGUAUACACAGGUGAAAAUACUUUAACUUUAGUAAAUCUUUUUGAAGUGUGGCGAGCAGUAAAUCGCUUACAGAUAACAUUCAUGAUUGAUUUGUGUGAGAAUUUUGCUAUUAAAGCAAUCAACAUAGACACUUGGGAAAAUAUUUACAGCAAUGCAAAAAUGUUUGAUUCAGAAAAGGUUAUUAAACAGCUUCACAUAUUCAUGUUAAAAAACGUUGAUCAAAUAUGUCUUUCAUCGACAUUUCUACAGCUGUCUUUCAACGAAGUCAGGGAUUUAAUCAAAAGUCCAGAACUUAACGUCGUCUGUGAAGAUGUUGUGCUAGAAUCAGUUAUAAGGUGGGUCAAACAAGUUCCUUAUCAUGAACUCUACACGUACGAUUGCCUUUCUGCACAUUGUAUAUCUGAGCCGAACCGAAACAAUACGGUAACAGAAACCGCAGUGGUUGAAAAAAGACAAGGCGAGGUUACUGAAGUUCUUGACGAACUGAAACACGAUUCUGUUAAAGAUGUGAACCCGAUUAUAGCAGAAACUAAUGAGAACAACGAUUCAAUUCGUGAUAAACUUCUUGAAAAAAAGGAUGAUCAUUUAGAAAGAAAGCAACACCUUUCAGAACUUGUAAAACUAGUAAGGACAUGUCUUGUGAGCCCGGCUGUUUUAGCUCGUGUCUAUAAAAUGGAAAUGAUAUAUGAAAAUAAUGUCUUAAGAGAUAUAAUGUUUAAUGCAAGUCAUUAUGUCCAAAACUUUAGACACGGUCAGUGGCCAACAGCUGCCGUGCACAGAGCAUGUAGUGAGUACAUAAAUGCUGCAGUAUUUGAACAGCGAUGUGGUGGAUUUAGCGUAUUAGAUAUACUCGAGAACAAAUGGUUAACUGUUUCAAGAUGUGAAUACUUACAAGAAAAUAUUCAGCUCGCCUCUUUUGAUAGUGAGCUCUACGCUUCAGGAAAACAACAAAACCAACCAAAUGAACCGUGUAAACUUUUUGUCUUCUGUGAUAACAACUGGGUGGAAGUUGUAAAAAUGCCCGGCCAGAAUUUGUUGUUGCUGUCACAUGAACAAUUUAUUUACAUCUUAAACAAAGACAAUAAAGUUAUUCAUAGGGUAAACCCAAAGAAAAAAAUUCCAAUUGUAGAAAAGUUUACAGAUUUUCCAGAGAAUGCUGAAGUAAAACACGCAAUGAUUUAUGAAAAAUAUUUUUUAAUAUUUUGUUCUGAAACUCACAACGGCAAUCAUGAGACAUCAGUCCACAAAUUGGAUAUUUCGUCCAAAAUUUGGACCAAAUUAGACAAUUUAGAUGGAUCUGCAGAACACAUAAUAAGUUUUAGGAAUGACAAACACAGCUAUGUUUUACAAAGCAAUGGCAGUUUGUGGUGUAUUUUACAUGUACCUUCAAGUCUCAACAUUAAGCUCAACUUUGUUUUCAAACUUUGGAGUUCACAGAAAAAGUUAUACGGCGCUUAUACCUAUAAUGGUAAAUUGUGCGUUAUGGGAAAUUUCACGGAACACGUGCAAGCAGGACAUUUUAGAAAGUAUACGGUCCCAGAACACAUUCAAAGCGUUUUUUAUUGGAGAAACGACAACCAAUGUUCUAAUUUGAUUCCAAUUACAAUGCUGAAAAUUCAUUAGUAUAUUUAAAUUUAUAUGCAACAUACUGAUCUGCAUUUCUUUAAUAUUGUAUCUUACUGCACCUAAUUAAGUUUUCACUUGGAUGAUAUAGAGAUUAUUAAUACAUUUCUCUUUAUAUGUCUUUUUUUCCGAAUCAAAAUUACAUUUAAAAAAAUAAUUAUAUAACCAUUAAAUAUAUGAUUUAUAUUUUCAUUCAUGAUUUGCAUGUUGCGACAUAAAACACCCAUACUGUCCAUGAUGCAUGUAUAAAAAUUUUAAGUCAAAUCGAAAAUGACAUUAACCUUAAAUUAUUAAUCUUAAUGAUUCUUUAAUUAAAUGAAGGCUUGUCUAAUUUACAGUAUAUAGCUAAAUUGAAAUCUGAAUGCUUUUAUUUCCAUAAUUUUAAUUAAAUUUUCUUUUUAAAGUAAAUAAUCUAACAAUACGUCUACUAAUUGGGUUAUAACCAUAUUUCGUUAUCUUAAGAUAGAUAUUCUCCAUUUUAGUUUGUUUUGAUCCAGAAACGAAAAUAAAUUUCCACACGAGAGUAACACAAUUUAAUUAAUACUAUAGGUUGGGCAUUUACAAAAUGGCUGGUAUACUUGAAGCAAACUAGCAUUAUUUAUUGUUGAAUAUACUACAAAGUACUACAUAUAUUUAAUAUAAAACAAAAGACACAAAAUUCAUCGAAAAGAUUGUGUCUAAAGUUACUUUAAUUGUUCUUUUUUUUUUAAAUUUAUAACUCAAUGCUGCUUUUGGUUUUGAAAAACAGAUUCAACAGUAUACUUAGUUACAUGUUUUUUACAAGUAUAUAUUGUAUUUAUACACGUGUUUACACACAUGCUUUUGAGAAUAUAGAUUUCCUCACAUUUGUUUUGUUUUACAACUUAUGAUGCAUAAGCUGCAUAAUAUAGCCCUUAUUUAUUCAAUACAUGCAAUAAGAUA